AUGUCCAGCAUGGAUUUGACAGCUCCCACCCCUGCAGAUGCCAACAUUGUCGUAUCCGAGGCGCAUGUCCCCAGUCGUGACAUCGGCGAAGUUGGCUCCGGCACUGAAGAGCCUCCCUCCAAAAAAGUAAGACGGGAGGAGCCCUUAACCUUAGAUGAAAAUGGUCGCGUACCCCGCGAGAAGGGUAUUGCGCCUAUCAAGUUCGAAUACCGUAUCAAGAAUGCUCCUAAGAUCGCCCCUAUCGAACCUGAAAUAAGUCCCGACGAUGCUGCUGAAGCCGCUCCCCACGAUGAUCGCGAUGGUGAUAAUAAGGGCAAGAAAGAUAAGAAGAAGAAACAGACGGGUCAGAACACAAACCGCAGCUUUGGAAGUUCGAAAGAUCUUAAGGGUCUUUGCAUGUCGCGAAUGCAUAGUCCUGAGUUUUCUCCCAAAGAGUGCAAGUUUGGAGAGAAGUGUCGCUUUGAGCACAAUCUGCGUCUUUACUUGAAGGAUUACAAGCGCGAGAACCUCACAACUUUGAAUGGAAUGUGUCCGGUCUUUGAGGUGCGGGGCAAAUGUUCUUCUGGCUGGAAGUGUCGAUUGGUUAGCUCGCAUUCUACUGAGCGAGAAACCGAGGAUGGUCGAAAGGAGCUUAUUCUUCUCGAGGACAAGGAGCGCAUUGCGAAUGCUAAGCCGCUCGUCUCCUUUGCGGCAGAGGAUGGCGUUGUGAACAUCAUUUCCAGCGAUGCUAAGUUCUUGCUUGCCCGGAAGCGCGAGGUUACUACUCGGGCUAACGCUGUCAACGACUGGCUUGUGAAAUCCGGCAAGGAAUUAGAAGCAUACCGAGUUGAGAAAGAUAAGCAGGAGAAGGAGGCCGCACAGAACGGUCAAACUGAGACGCAGCCUGAGACUGAGACUGAGACCGUCGAUGCUGAGAAGGCCAAGCAGGAGAAAGAAGAUUUGCGGGCUCAAUUUACCCAGCCACCUUUCCUCCCUUCUGAGAAGCGCCGUAUCUACUUUGGUCCCGAGACCCCAACAUUGGCUCCUCUCACUACUCAAGGAAAUAUGCCCUUCCGACGACUUUGCACGGAUCUGGGUGCCCAAUUCACGUACUCGGAAAUGGCCAUGAGUAUGCCACUGGUUCAAGGUACAAAUUCCGAGUGGACCUUGUUAAAGGCGCAUGAAACUGAGAUGCUUCCGCCGACCGUUAUCCCCGGAGAUAACAUCGUUCAAGGCUACGAUAACUCCAAAGACUUCAAAUUCGGUGCCCAGAUCGCUGCCAACAAGCCUUGGCAGGCAGUUAAAGCCACUGAGGUUCUUUCCAAGUUCACACCUAACUUGCGUGUGAUCGAUUUGAACUGUGGAUGUCCUAUCGAGCUUCUGUUCCGCGAUGGUGCUGGUUCUGCUCUGCUGGACCACCAAUCCAAGCUGGAGAAGAUUAUUCGUGGUAUGAACCUGGUCUCCGAAGAGAUCCCUAUCACAGUCAAGAUUCGCAUGGGAGUUAAGGAUAAUCAACCCACUGCUUUGAAGCUGGUGGAGCGUCUUCUUCUGGGCGGUCACGAAGCUCAGCUUAUGGGCUUGGGUCCUCCCGGCGCUGCAGCCAUUACUCUUCACGGACGAAGCAGACAGCAGCGCUACACCAAGUCAGCUGAUUGGAGCUACAUCGCAGACUGCGCGGCUCUUAUCAAGCGCAUGAAUGAGAAGACUGAUCUGGUUACCGAUACCAUCCGUGAACCCGAUGCUCGAUUCCAACCCAACGGUGGAAAGACCUACUUCCUCGGUAACGGUGACUGCUACUCGCACGUCGACUACGAUGACCACAUCCGGAACGCUGGCGUGGAUUCUGUCAUGUGUGGUCGUGGUGCUUUGAUUAAGCCUUGGCUCUUUGAGGAGAUCCAGACUGGACAGUACCUUGACAAGUCCGCAUCCGAGCGUCUUACCUAUAUUGAGAAGUUUGCCAAAUAUGGUCUUCAGGCUUGGGGUGCUGAUGAGUAUGGUCUUGGUACAACUCGUCGUUUCCUACUGGAAUGGCUGAGCUUUGCCCAUCGCUAUGUUCCUAUCGGACUGCUGGAUCAUCUGCCUGCGCAGAUCAAUGACAGACCCCCGUACUACAAGGGUCGUAAUGAGUUGGAGACUCUUAUGGCUAGUAACAACUACAAGGAUUGGAUCAAGAUCACUGAGAUGUUCCUGGGUCCUGCUCACCAGGACUUCCGAUUUGAACCCAAGCACAAGUCUAACUCUUACGAAGCAGAGGGCUAA